UUGUUUAUGCGUUUUUUCUUUUCUGCUUUAUUUUAACGAAAAUCAAUUUGAUAUUUAAAAAAAAAAACAUUUCUUUGCUGAUUACCGACGAUGAUGAUGAUGAAUGAAAAUGGAAUGAUUUCAGAACCUGAAUCUACUGUAAAAGAUGUUUUAAAGAACGAAAAAAAAGUAGACUUGGAAUUUGAAAAGAAUGUUGAUGUUGUUAAUGAUGAGGAUGAGGAUGAUGAUGACGACGAAGACGACGAAUUUGAUUCGCAAAGUAGUGAUGAAGAAGAUACUGAAAGUAAAAUUACUGAUGAUGAUGAUGAUGAUGAUGACGACGACGACGAUGAUGAUGGUAACGAUGACAGCAGGAAAUCUCAUGUUUUUGAAUGGAAUGAUGAAGAUGAUGAAUAUUUGGAAAAAUUUGCCAAAUGUUUUAUCGAAACAAGUGAUGAUGAUCAGGAAUUAUUACGAAAAAAAUCUAACACAGAUAAUGUAGCAACAACAAACGUUGCUCAAAACACGAAUGUUUCGAAUGUUAAUAGGCGACGUCCGGCAAACAAACGUAACAAUACUGUUCAUUUUAAUGGCUUUCAUCGUAAUUCCGUAACAUAUCAACAUUAUAAUCGUACAGCUAACAAUUCGAAAAAUGAAAAUGAUAAUCCAUUUCUAAAUGUAUGGGGACAUCGUACGAAUAUUGUAGAUAUGAAUGGCCGUAUCCAUCGUGUAGUUAUGGAAUUGAAUAAUUAUUUGGCCGUAUAUAAAGCACGUUAUCUUUAUUAUUUUGAUCUUGUUAAUGGUAAAUAUCCACAAUUUGUUCGUCGUACUGAUCAAAAUAUGGAAAUAUGGCGUAUGAGUUUUAAUAUAUAUGCAACCGGUUUUUCUGAUCUAAUCGCUCAUAUUGGCGAAAUUCAUGCAUUUUAUCAGAUGGAAAUCAUUGAUAAUGAAUUAAAAUGGGUUUAUAAAGAUUUUAAUUUUUAUCCAAACAAAAUGCGUUACGGUAUACCUGUUCAUUCAUAUGAUAUUGCCGAUAUUUAUUCACGAUUUGUUAAAUUUGUUUGUCUCAAGGAUAAUAUUGUCAAAAAUUUUCCAAACAUUAUUGUUAAUCAAAAUUAUUAUGUUCAUCGAAAAUUUCAGGAAAAUUUACAUGCAAUGAAAAAUCGUUUGAAUCAAAUUUCAUUGGCUGAAAUCGAUGAAGGAGGUGAAAAUGGCAAUAAUGUUAAUACGAAUGAAAACGAUAUGAUAAUCAAAGAUGUUCAACAAAAUUCAAAUGAACAAAAAACAACAAUACAUAAUGAUAAUAAUAUUGUUGGAAAAAAUGAAGCUUAUUCAUUUCAUGAUCGAGCAUAUCGUUAUUGGACAAAAUCUACAAAUGAAAUGAAUCGUCGUCGUAAUGCGGCUGGUAGUAGUAAUUAUAACAAACGUUAAUGUUUCAAUUAUUUAAACCUUAAAUAUAUAUGGAUAGGAGAUUAUAAUGAUGAUGUUUUAU